AGGAGAGCGCGCGUGACACAGCUAACAGGUGGAUUCAAGUUGUCGUGGAAAUAACGGACCUUAAGUUUAUAAUUAUCGGAAUACACAAAACGUGAAUUGUGUGUUUUCAAUGGAGCGACUGUUGUGAACAAUUUCAUCCAACGAGGAGUUUAUGUUCAGACAGUUAUCCACCUGCGUUAGCCACCUGCGUUAGCCACCUGCGUUAGCCUAGCUCUACGGUGAGCAUGAAGCUACCACUCUGGGAUGCUAAAGGACGUGUGUUCACCGACACGCGGAGUAAACUACAUGAAGCUGGAGCACCGUCGACAUCUGCCCCGAGGGAGAGACGAGCUUCGUGGGCACUUUCUGCUCAGGAAACUGAUUCAGGAGCGGAACCUUUCUGAAAUGUAGUCGGAGCAGAGCGUGGACAAUGCAAAGAAAACCCAGGGAAACCUCUUCAGAAAUGUCGUAAUACUAGAAACUGCGUUCAUCACAGCAUCAGGAGGACACGCGAGAUUUCCCUGUGAGAACAGGAAAAAGAUGUCUGACCUCAGCCAAGUCACGGUGUACUCUGACUCCUCAGGUAUUUAUAAGAAUGUUUUCUCUAACCCUGCCUUUGAGCUGGAAGGAGAGCGAGAGGAAGCGCUGGAGGGCUUCAGGUCGUCGUCGUCCUCUCUGGAACCAGUCGUACCACCAGCAGCUGGCUUAGGCUGGGCUGUGUUUGGCUCUGUGUGUAUGAUGCGUCUGCGAGGCGUGGGUUGUUGCUGGGGUCUGGUGAUCGUCUCUGCAGCCGCUCUGCUGCUGGUCGCCGCCCUGGGACUGCUGCUCGCUCUCAUCCUCUCUCAGAUGAAGGAGCAGGCAGUGGAGGAUCACAUGUUGUCCACCAGCCCUCCGCCGAGUGCAGGAGAUGACACUUCCCACUCUUUGCCCACAGUCGCUUCCAGUAGGAAUGAGUGGGACAGUACAGCCGUGCCACAGGCCUCAGGGACGCCCUUCUCUGAAACACGCUGUGGAGGUGUACUGACAGAACCUGAAGGCACUUUCACGUCCCCAAAUUAUCCAGGCUCCUACCCCCAUAACUCCCUGUGUGUGUGGGUGAUUGUAGUCAUGCCCCCCUCCCUGGUUCAGAUCCACGUCUCCUCUCUGACUGUGGAGGGACCUUCUCCUUGUCUGUUUGACUGGCUGCAGGUGCAGGAGCAGACGGGCCAGCGCUCUGUGGUCACAAGGUUCUGUGGUAACGUUGCACCACCGACAGUCAACACCAACAGCAGCACAGUCUGGGUCACCUUCCGCUCUGAUGGCAGCAUCACAGGCAGUGGCUUCACGGCUCAGUACAGGACUGUGCUGCCGGGACGACAGAGCUGCUCCGGAGAGGAGUUCAUGUGUGACAGUGGUCGCUGUCUGUUGCCUGUGUCCGUGUGCGAUGCUCAUCCAAACUGCAGCGAUCAAAGCGAUGAGGCAAACUGCAGCCACAAACACACGGAAUGUGGCGGGUGGAGGUCUGGUCCUUCUGGAUACCUGUCGAGUCCAAACCACCCAGAACCUUAUCCUCACCAGCAGUUGUGUGUGUGGUAUUUAUCCGCUGAAGAGGAUCACGUCAUCACGCUGAGUUUCAGGAACUUCAGCCUGGAGACUCAGGAUGUGUGUGAGUUUGAUUAUGUGGAGGUUCAUGACAGCGUCGACACCGGAGCUGGAAGAGUCCUGGGAAGGUUUUGUGGCACCACCUUUCCCCCGGACCUGACCUCCUCCGGCCCCCACAUGACUGUGCAGUUUGUGGCUGAUGCAGGAGUCGCUGACAGCGGCUUCUACGCAACAUACCAGGCCGUGUCUGUGCUGGAGAGGAUGUGUGCUCCCAGCCAGUUUACCUGCAGCACAGGGGAGUGUCUCCAGCCACAGUGGCUGUGUGAUGGAUGGAACGACUGCCCUGAUGGAGCAGAUGAACAGGGCUGUGAAAACUCCACCUACCCUCCCUUCACUUCAACAUGUGAGUUUAUAGACGUACAGAUGUGUCAGGGCCUCAGCUACAACCUCACCUCCUUCCCAAACAUCUGGAUGUCAAUAGCUGAUCAGACAGAAGCUGCCACACUCCUGCAACAGUACCAGGUGCUGAUGGAGCUGGCCUGCUUUGGCCCGCUGCAGAGGCUGGUGUGUGGGAUGUUCCUGCCCCAGUGCUUCCACCACGGUGGUGUCCUCCAACCCUGCCGCUCAGUUUGCUCCACAGCUGAGGAGCAAUGCAGUCAGGCCCUGGAUCUCCUCUCCUUCAGCUGGCCCUUCAACUGCCACCUCCUCCCGGACUCACUGGACCCCAUGGACUGCUCUCUGCCUUAAUGCUUUUAAACGUGUGUGAUGAUUCUCCAUCUCGACAUUUCUGCUGCACUGUCUGAGGCGACAAGCCUGGGAUUUCACAUUUUGGAGGACAAAUGAUUAUUUUUCAUUUGAUGUAGUUUUCUCAUUUGCACUAAAACCUGGUCCACGGCCUGUGAUUUGACUUUUUGUGAACUAGAUAUCCCAGAAACUCUGCACUCCUUCGAUCCAGUAUAAGACAGCACAGUAGCAGAAGUACUUUAAAAGUACUAAAAAGGUUUUUACCGGGGGUCGGGUAAUUGAGAGUUUGAGCAGUUACAGGUGAGAUAUACACCAGAAUCCUGAAGGUCAUAAAAUGGAGAUAGAGAGAGAUGAGCUAAUGUUCUUCACAUCCAUUUUCAAAAUAAGAGUCAAAGUUGGGAAAAUACAUUUUCCACUUGUUUACU